UCUCAUAGCGUCAGGAAACUUAGUCCCUUAAGACAUGGGAUUUGCACUUAAAAACCAAGUCUUUCUUCUUUGUGUCAUGGUACUCUUGCUUGCAGUACGGUGUUACUCUGAAGACACUUUUACCCGCUCAAGAGCAACCUAUUAUGGUAGCCCUGAUUGCUAUGGGACUCCAAGUGGAGCUUGUGGCUUUCGCGAGUUUGGAAGGACUGUCAAUGAUGGCAACGUGGCUGGAGUGUCUAGGCUGUUUAGGAAUGGAACUGGUUGUGGUGCAUGCUAUCAGGUUAGGUGCACAACACCACAAUAUUGCGCUGACGAAGGGGUGAACAUAGUGGUGACUGACUAUGGUGAAGGAGACAAAACUGACUUCAUCCUCAGCCCAAGAGCCUAUGCAAAGUUGGCACGUCCCAACGUUGUUUUGCAGUUGUUUUCUUACGGUGUGGUCGAUAUAGAAUACCGAAGGAUUUCAUGCAAAUACUCUGGUUACAACCUCAUGUUUAAGGUCCAUGAGAGUAGCAAUUAUCCUCGCUACCUAGCUAUAGUACUAUUAUACGUUGCUGGACAAAACGACAUCACUGCCGUUGAAUUUUGGCAGGAGGAUUGUCAACAAUGGAGGGCCAUGCGUAGGGCCUACGGGGCGGUAUGGGACUUGGCUAGCCCACCAAGUGGUCCAAUCAAAUUGAGGUUCCAAGUGAGUGGCAGCUCGGGUAUAAAGUGGGUUGAGUCAAAAAAUGCUCUGCCUAGUGAUUGGAAGGUUGGGGCUGCUUAUGACUCAUACAUUCAGCUCAAUUGAAGCUCUCUUUUUUAGAUUCCAAUAAUAUUUGAAGUGUGAUUAUUAUUGGAACAGUUUGAUAAUGGUUUCUUUUUAGUAACUAGGGUACGGUAUUGUAUGCUUUCUCAGCACAGGUAGUGCUAGCUCUUAAUUCGCGUUGCUCAAUAAAUAAUAGGAUUGUUGUUCAUUAGCUUCCAAUAUUAGUAUAAGAUUGGAACAGUUUGUUAAUCAUUUAGUUGCUAGUCUAGGGAUUGUAUUGCAUGCUUUGUCAGCACAAGUGCUUUAUGUAUUGCUAUGGACCAGUGAUAAAAAUAUAAAUAAAGUUUCACUUUGGAAAUA